AUGGCCUCCGCUGCCGUGGGCCCACCGCCGCCGGAGCAGUCGCCGGAGCAGCCGGCGCCGCUGCCGAGUGUCAUCGAUACCCUGGGAGAGGAGAUCGUCCGCAUAAUUUCCCCGGUCUCCAUCUGUAUGCUCCUCGUUGUCCUCCUUACCGCCGUCCUCUCCGACCCCUCGGAUUCCUCCUCCUCCUCCUCCUUCUCCUCCGUCCUCUCUUUCUCCGAUCCCUCCGGCGGCUCCAGUGCCGCCUCCUGGACGGAGAAACUCGGCGGCGCUCUGAUCGACUCCCUCAUUUUCGUCGUCGUCAUCACCGUCGUCACCUUCCUCCUGGUUCUCCUCUUCUACCUCCGGUGGACCGCCUUCCUCCGCUACUACAUGGGCUUCUCCUCCUUCCUCGUCCUGGUAUUCAUGGGAGGUGAGCUCUCCGCCCUCCUCCUGCGGCGAUUCGAUCUCCCCCUCGACUGCGCCACCUUCGCGCUUCUUCUGUUCAACUUCGCCGCCGUGGGGGCGGUGGCGGUGCUCGCCGGCAGGGGCGUCGUUCCCAUCCUGCUCACGCAGGGUUACCUGGUCGUCAUCGGGGUGCUUGUGGCCUUCUGGUUCACCAUGCUCCCGGAGUGGACCACCUGGGCGCUGCUGAUCGCCAUGGCGCUGUACGAUCUCGCCGCCGUGCUCCUUCCGGUCGGCCCUCUCCGGUUGCUGGUGGAGCUCGCCAUCUCCCGCGACGAGGAGAUCCCCGCUCUGGUCUACGAGGCCCGCCCCGUGGUGGACCAUCACCAGGACGACGCCGGCGGUGACGGGCGGCGGCUGUGGAGGCACCGGCGGGAUCCGGAGGGCGGCGAUCCCGAUUCGUCCCUCUUGCUGUCGCCGGAGACGAUGGACGACACAGAGUCUCCUGGUUCAACCCUAAGGACUCCAUUGAUAGCGUCGCCGUUGCAGAGGAUGGGAUCCGAGGAUCUGGACGGGAUCGGGCUCGGCUCCUCGGGGGCGAUCAAGCUAGGGCUGGGGGACUUCAUCUUCUACAGCGUCCUGGUUGGCCGUGCGGCGAUGUACGACUUCACGACGGUCUACGCUUGCUACCUCGCCAUUAUCGCCGGCCUCGGGGCCACCUUGCUUCUGCUGGCGUUCUUCCGCAGGGCGCUGCCGGCCCUCCCCAUCUCCAUCGCGCUCGGCGUGGUGUUCUACUUGCUGACCAGAUUCUUGCUGGAGGAGUUCCUCGUCCAGUGCUCCGUUAAUCUAGUAAUGUUUUAG